AUGCAUUUACUAUUUCCAGUGAUUGAUUCUUUUGGAAAAUUACCGGCAGGAAUGUUAGGAAUAACACCAUGGAUGUCGGGAGAUUAUGACCAGUGUUUGGACAUAAAAAUUCCUCAAUAUAAAAAUGAUAUUACCGAUAAAGGAAAGGAACAGGUUCGAGGCAAAUACUGCGCCCUGACAAUUGGAAUGCAAGAAUUAGGGAAACAGUUAGCCGAUACAAUAAUUAAAAUACGUUUGGAUGCGUGCAUUCCGAGUACAUGUAGUAAUAAAGACUUAAAACACGUUGGAAAUUGGAUAUUCGGGACAGCGGUAGACUUUAAUGUCGAAUAUUGCAAAAUCAAAGAUGAACGCAUUGAAUACACUAACGGACAAUUGAUAUCGUUAAUUGUUCUCGGCAUGUUUAUUGCAUGGGUAGGAUUGGCAACGUUAAUAGAAAUAUUAAUGAGACUUCAUAUUAUUCCUUUGAAGGCGAGUAAAG